CAAAUAUAACACGUCAUUUGCAUUCUGAGUGAGAUUGUGAUCAAAUGGCAUCUUCAAAAAAUUUGCUCUUUCUUUUUGUUGUUCUCUUUGCACUUGCACUCCAAAUCCCCUCUGAUGUUACAGCUGCAGAUCAGGCGAGCGUGAAGACCACUGGUGAGGCUCAUCAGGAUAAGAUAAGUGAAGAUCGUUGCAGAUAUCGUUGCUGCAGCUGGUACCAUGGACAAUGCCAAAGAUGCUGUGCAUCUCCUGAGGAGACCCCUGAAGCUACAUCUGGAGAUAAGGCUGCCGUAAAUGCAGAUCGUUGCAGAUAUCGUUGCUGCAGCUGGUACCAUGGACAAUGCCAAAGAUGCUGUGCAUCCGCGGAGGAGACCCCUGAAGCUACAUCUGGAGAUAAGGCUACCGUAAAUGCAGAUCGUUGCAGAUAUCGUUGCUGCAGCUGGUACCAUGGACAAUGCCAAAGAUGCUGUGCAUCCGCGGAGGAGACCCCUGAAGCUAUAUCUGCAGAUCGUUGCAGAUAUCGUUGCUGCAGCUGGUACCAUGGACAAUGCCAAAGAUGCUGUGCAUCCGCUGAGGAGACCCCUGAAGCUAUAUCUGCAGAUCGUUGCAGAUAUCGUUGCUGCAGAUGGUACCAUGGACAAUGCCAAAGAUGCUGCGCAACCGCUGAGGAGACCCCUGAAGCUACAUCUGGAGAUGAGGUCAAAAAUUAAUGCUAAAUAAAUAAGGGUGUGACACAGGAUCCGUGACGCCUAUAUUAUUACCUUAAUAUGUAAUGUUGUGUUUGCUUUUGAUGGUUGAUUUCCUCUAUGUGUAAAAGACUUCUCUUUGAACUGGUGUAGAAUAAACAGGGGAAGCAUGUAAUGAGUACUCAGUUCGAGUGCUCUUCUUAUGUUGUUGUCAUGUUGAAUAAAUAAAUCCACUUGAUCAUCAUCACAAUUGAUGAUCUCUAUCUCAGUUACAUCGUAAA